AUGGGAAUUAAAUUAGCUACAACAAUUUGUGCCCUUUUAGGGUUUUUAACAAGUAUUGCUUGUUUAUAUUCUGGAACUUGGCUUUAUAGUGAAAUGAAUGAAAUAAGAAAAGAAUUAAAUGAAGAAAUGCAAAAUUUUAAAGAACAAUCUGAUGAAAUUUGGAGUAUUUUAGUAAAACAAAAAAGAAGAGAAAAAAGAGCAGCUUAUGAUGAGGCUGAUAGUAAUUCUUCUGAUUUAACUGAAAAUAAUAAAAAUAAAGUUGAAGGAAAUGAAAAAGAAAAUAAUAAUGAUAAAAUAAAGGAAAAUGAAGAAUCUAAACAAAAAAUAAUUAAACAACAAAAACAACCCCAACAAUCACCGGCAAAUAAAUGUAAAUGCUCCGAAAGAAAAUGCCCUGCUGGACCUAAAGGUCCCAAAGGUCCGCCUGGAGCGAAAGGAUUGGAUGGAUUACCUGGAGAGCCAGGAUUAUCUGGAGCAUCUGCAGAUGAUGUUCAGGCUCAUGUUCAACAAUUAGAUAAAUGCUUCCAUUGCCCACAAGGACCUGCUGGUCCUCCCGGCCUUCCUGGACGACCUGGACCAAGAGGAAUGAGAGGUGGAAAAGGACAACCUGGAGUGCCAGGAAGGGAUGGACAACCUGGAUUCCCUGGCGGGCUUGGUCCAACUGGAAAGCCUGGUCCGAUUGGAGCAAUUGGCGAGACUGGAAUUACUGGUGAGGAUACAAAAAUCUUUCAUGGCAGACCUGGAUUGAAAGGACCUCCAGGUCCUAUUGGUGACCAAGGUGAUAUUGGACCACCAGGUCCUGAGGGAAUGCUUGGUCCACAAGGACCUGAAGGUGAUAAAGGCGAACAUGGCAUUAAUGGGAAAAAUGGAGAGGAUGGCGAACCAGGUCAAGGAGGAGAUGAAGGAGAACCUGGUGCAGAUGCUGAAUAUUGCCCUUGCCCGAACCGAAAUUCUCCCCUAUUUAAUGCUAUGAAAAAGGAAUCAGCAAAGAAAGGAGAAAAUAUUGCUGCUGAAAGAAAAGGUGGAGAUGGUCAACAAUUAAGAACACAAACACUUUCUUCUUCACAACAAUACAAAAGGCGAUUUCAUAAACAAUGAAAGAUAAAAUAAUUCGAAUAAUUUUAUCUGAUUGAAAGAUUUUUCAAUUGUU